CUGCUAAGUGGCUACCGAAAGUCAUCACUGACAGAUAUCAGAUGUAUUUGCGGUGUUUACGGCAAGUGUAAGUUGAGAAUCAAGUGAAUAAUCGUCGUGAAUGCUGCAUUGACGUAUAAUCUUGACUAAACAAUCAGAAUUGUUAUUUUGUCGCGAUGGCAUGGUUACAAAAUCUCGCUGGAAAGGCAGAGGAUCUUUUGAAUAAAGUCGAUAAAAAUGCAGGACGUGUGCUCAAUGAAUCUAUAGUCAUCACGCCGAAAUCACUAUCAACAAAAUCUUCCUCUGUCACAGACCUCAAUGGUUUGAAUGUGAUUGAACCACCACAUCAUAUUAUAUCAGUGCCUAACAAUAAUCCAGAAGAAUCUGUAAAUUCAACAGUAAAAAUUGAUUUAUCAGUGGAGCAACAAGAAGAAGUCAUUAAUGAAGAGGUACCACAAGAGUUACAGGAUAGUAUUGAAGCAGACACUUCAUAUAGUCCUUUUGAACGCGUUAAAUCAAUGACAGAUUCGAUCGGGAUAAUGUCCGUGUCAUCUAGUAAUAGUUUGAAUAUUGAUGGUGCUGAUCCAGGCUUGACUGCAAAGUUAGAAGCGCAACUAGCGAAAUGUGAAGGAGAAAACGAACAGUUGAGCAAAGAAAUCCUCAAUUUACAGCAUAUGCAUUCCGGUUUACUGCAUGAAAAUUCUAAUUUGCAAUCACAGCUUGAUCGCGCGAAUGAAGCGGUGUUGCUGGCACAAAAUGAAAUGCAAGAAUAUCGUGCACGUGCGAGAAGAAUGUUGGAAGACCGAGAAAAAGCACUUUUACCUCAACAAGAGCAAACUUCGCUUGACAUUAACAGUGAAAUUGUUAAAAUUAAUCAAGAAUUAAAAAAUGAUUUGGAUAAAGAAUAUACAAAGAAUCAAAACUUAGAAGCAAGAUUCAACGCAGUAAGUAAAGAAUUAGCAGGUUUACAACAGCAGUAUCUGACUGCACAGAAAGAAAAUCAAAGAAUACAAGAAUCUUUGCGUUAUGGCAUCACAAACGAGAAGAAAACACGUGAAGACAUUGAAGAAGAACAUCGACAAACAUCAAAAGAACUACAAAAAGUGCAGAAAUUAUUAAACACCGCACAACGACAAGAAUUAUCCUUCAAAACAGAAAUCUCUAAUCUAGAGAGUCAAUUAAAACUUCGUCUGCAACCCACUACAAAUUCACAAGACACCCAACUGCAAUCAUUGACGCAAAUGUUGAUGCAUAAACAAAGCGCACUGGAUACUCUGACAAGCGAAAGAAACGCGCUUAGAAUACAGUUGGAAAAGUCCCAGCAGGAAUAUAAACAAUUAUCAGCGCAGAGGAUUAGCGGAGGUGCAUCACGUCCAGCGAAUCAUUCAGUUGUACAUGAUUAUGAUGAUAGUCGUAUUCCUAGGUUAAUGCAAGUGUCACCAUUGGAUGCGGGUGUUACCCAACGCGUUAAACACGCGUAUUCCACCCUGGAUACGUUUAGUAUACGAACUGGGGUUUUCCUGAGGAGGUAUCCUUUGGCAAGGAUUUUUUUAAUAUGCUACAUGAUGCUGCUGCAUUUAUGGGUGUUGCUGAUUUUGUUUACUUACGUGCCAGGAACGCGCUGAUACCUCGCUAUCAACGAGAUCAACUCAUGUGAUUCCCAUAAUUAUGUUAAGUUUGUAUAGAUAUGAUAUGACUAUUUAUCAAUGAGAAUUUUACGAGUAGCAAUAAAGUUUUUAACUUAU